AUGUAUCCUGUUUUCUGCACCACGAACAUCCCUCCAAAGGUGCUCGAUUGGUUCAUUGAUGAGGCAUACAGAGGGAUACUACUGUCGGAAGAGGACAGUGAUCCUCCAGGCGCACCAUGCAUCAUCCAAACAACUGACCUGAGUUCAAUAACCCACGGUUCUCGCAAGCCUAUGUCUGAUUUUGAGUCUCCGUUCUUGAACUAUACAGACAAUGAGAUUCGGAACUGGAUGGAACAUCAUCCGUGCCCGGGAUUUGCAGAAGCUACCUUUACCAUCCUUGACCAGCUAACCAUUGAUGAGGGCACAUGUCGUGUUGGAUACUGCAGCGGUCUCUCCGAUCCACAGCGUGACACUCGAAUGUUCACUACGAUCCCUUACAAUGAUGUAUCACUCAGAGUUACGAUUGAGUUGGGAGAAAUAUCUUGGUGUGAGAUAGUUGAGGAGACAGAAGGAACAUUUACGCGCAAUGAUCCUGCCGCGGCUAAAUAA